AAGUGGGGCAGCUGUACUCUGUGGCAGAAGCCAGCAAAAAUGAAACAGGUGGAGGAGAAGGGGUUGAAGUCCUGGUGAACGAACCCUAUGAGCGUGAUGGAGAACGUGGCCAGUAUACGCACAAGAUUUACCACUUGCAGAGCAAAGUUCCCCCUUUUGUGAAAAUGGUGGCCCCAGAGGGAGCCCUGAAUAUCCACGAGAAAGCAUGGAAUGCAUACCCUUAUUGCCGAACGGUUAUUACAAACGAGUACAUGAAAGACGACUUUUUGAUCAAAAUUGAAACCUGGCACAAAGCAGACCUCGGGACACAGGAGAAUGUACAUAAGCUGGACCCCAACGAAUGGAAAAACGUGGAAGCCAUCUAUAUAGACAUCGCAGACCGGAGUCAAGUGCUUACGAAGGAUUACAAGCCAGAAGAAGACCCUUCAAAAUUUAAAUCCAUCAAGACAGGUCGUGGCCCUCUGGGACCCAACUGGAAGAAGGAGAUCGGCAAGUCAGACUGUCCGUACAUGUGUGCUUACAAGCUAGUAACAGUCAAAUUCAAAUGGUGGGGGCUGCAGAACAAAGUUGAGAGCUUUAUACAGAAGCAAGAAAGGCGGCUUUUCACAAAUUUCCACCGGCAGCUAUUUUGCUGGCUCGAUAGAUGGGUUGACCUGACAAUGGAAGAUAUUCGCAGGAUGGAGGAUGACACUAAGAGGCAGCUGGACGAGAUGCGAGAGAAGGAUCCCCUGAAAGGAACAUCGGCUGCUACAGAUGACUAGCGUGGAUUCUUCUUUGUGCUCAUUGCAAACGUCAGCAGGAAGGCGCAAGAACUCUAUCUUCUUGACCAACGGACCAUCUCUGGAUCAAGUUGUCCUCUAUCAAGUUGGGCAGGCAACUUCCAAUCUCCCCUAGCUAACUCUAGUUGCCCCUUUAAUAUUGUGAGCAAAUAGACAGUUGUUCAGUCCUGAGCGCUCCGGUACUGGCUCCUGAGAAGGAGGCUGCUCUGUGGGGACAGCUGCACCUGUGACUUCACCUUCUUCAAUGUUCAGACCAGUUUCUAUGUGGCCCUCUUUGAUUUCUACGUGACAUUUUUAGCUGAAAAUAGUUUUGUGACGUGAUUUAG